CAAAACGAUAUCAGCUUGACUAGGUUCUAGGGAAUUUUAACCCGGCUUUAAUGUUGGGCUUUCCAAAUAGUGAUAUACUAGCCUAAUUAGCCUACUUAAUCACGCCCCCCGCUACGCCCUGAUUCUAAAGAAACUGUCGAACAGAACUUGCGCGGGUCUGCAGAGCGCGUGGCUAAAUCAUCAUCACUUGUUUACAUCAGAGGGAAGACAGACACAUCUCACGUAAAAGGGAAGACAGAGACAUCUCACUGCUGCUCAGGAGCCACAGCGCAGAGGGAGACCAGGAAGACUCAUCGCCAGAGGGUAGCGCUAGACCGCAGCGGGUCAGUUAUGAAGGUGGUUUGGGGGGUUCCCCUGCUCCUGCUGGGGCUCUUGGGGUGCCUCGAUGGGGCUGAAGAGGGGUGCAAACGAUGGCACACCUCCCAACAUGACACAGUAUGCUGUGAAGAGUGCAAACAAGGGAACCGCUUGGUCGACAAAUGUGGUGCAGAUCCCAAGAAGCUGUGUGAGCUGUGUAAAGAAGGCACGUACAUCAGCAGUCCUGGUCGGAGCACCUGUCUCAGCUGUACUCAGUGCACAGGACUGUACGAGGUGAAGCAGCCCUGCAGCCGUAUCUCCAACACCGUGUGCGGCUGUAAGACGGGGUACCGCUGUGGGGACCCCAAAUGCUCCUUCUGCUCUCAGGAGUGUGGAGUGGGCCAGCAGUCAGUAGAUAACAGGACCUGCCAGGCGUGCCCCCCCGGGACCUUCAACGACAAGCCCCACAGCAAGUGUGUCCCGUGGAGCACCAGGUGUCCUCAGCCAGAACAGAAGAUCGUGACGAAUGGCACCGCAGUCAGCGACGUCUUCUGCGACUUCAUUCCACAGGCUGAAAACGGCCAUACGAUAUGGAUGAUUGUGGCAAUCCUGGUCAUUGCUUUUACCUUCGUCAUCAUGGUCAUCACAUUAUUAGCCUUCAUCCUGAUCAGAUGGACUACGAAGAAAAAGAAGAAGAUCAUGGUGGCCACCAUUGAAACCACAGCAGAGAAACCAACAGUCUUGCAGGAGGUCCAGCGUUUGGUGGAGCAGGAGAGCUUGUGCUGGUGCCCCCAGCAGGAACAGGGAAGCAGCCUGGAGUCUGUGGACUCGCUGGACUCCAAGCUCAAACUCCUCGCCGUGUGAAGGGCACCAAGGCCAGCCCACACCCAGCCCCCCUGAUCGGUUUUGGGCGGGGGAUAAGGGAUUGGCGCACCUGGUUCAGGCACACUCCGCUUUACUAGAUGUUCACCGCUAGAGCUGGAAAGGAGUGAACUUCAGAGACACUUUGGAGGGAAAUCUUUCAGCACUAGCCAGACAUCAACUGUCAGUUUUUUGGGAAAGGGAACUGUGAAAUUGUGAUGCUUUAUUUAAUUUGUUUAUGCAAGAAAAUUAUUUAAUGUAUUUUGAAAAUAAUUAACUACGGUCACCAAUGGCAUAUGGCCUGGCAUAUUCCAUCUCCCCUUGUUGGGAACCUUUUAGAUCCUCCAGUGCAAUUGUACAUUUCGUUUUUGCAGAGGAACGGAAAUAGAUACCAAGAUGUGAGCCAUAUCCCAUUUGUGACAUUUUUUUCGUGCUAGAAUGGUGUAUACUAUUUACUGUUGGUGUAUUUAAGGUCAGAUUGUAUUCUGAACAGAAUUAACAUGGAUCCUCCUCCGGGAUCCUUUUAGUGAAUUUGUAAGUUCUGAUUUUGCAGUGAAACAUUUACAAUGCAGCACUUUUUUUUUCUCCUCGUCUUAAUGGAAUACCUCACAUGCACUCUACAUACAUCCAGGACUGGUUUGAUGGUAUCUUCCCCAGAGAAUUGCUGAGUCAUUUAGGAGGAGUAGUGUAGUAGUUUACUGUAGCUGACUGCCUAGCCUACUGUACUGUAGGCUGUAUGUUUCCAUAGUGUGAGCAGGUCCUACACAUGGCAGUGUAAAUGAAUGAACACUGCCUGCUCAAAGACCUGGACUGCAGCGCCACUGUAUUAACCACACGGUCUGGAAUAAGCUUGGAAGCCAAAAGCCUUUUAUUUACCUGCUAACCAGCAAAAGAUUAACAAUUACAAAGUAAACUUAUGUUUGGUAACAUUAUUUUGCAUUCAGUGGUUUAAUUUCCUUGUAAACUUGUAAGGUUGACCAUCCUAUGAGGCGACUAUUACAGAUAUGAAUAUAGCCAUCAUCUGGCACUGUGAAAACAAGUUGUCAACUAGGCUACUACAGUAUACCUCCUGGUUUUAUAGUAAAUAUUAAAAGUGAUGUACAUUUUGCCCCAUUA